GAGAAACUUCCAUCAAGACCAAGAUCAAGACAGUGGUUUGGGUCAGGAUGUUGUUCUCUUGCUCCUGCCGCUCCAUUCUUUCUCCUAGAUCUUCCAGACGCUUACUUAUCUCCUUUGCCAGAUACAACAGCAACUACAGGCUAGCAGAGGUUGGUCGCUUUGAAUCCCCGAAGCUGACAGGGAAAUAUGAGACAGGGCAGCUGUUUCUGCACCGAGUGUUUGGGUACCGAGGGGUGGUGCUCUUCCCAUGGCUGGCUCGGGUCUACGACAGAGAUGUGCCCAAUAAGAAGGAGUCUAAGCCACUAGAUGAGAGCUUGAACUAUAAUCAAGUAGGAAAGGAGGUGAAGGGACGAGCACACACUUAUUAUCAAGUCUUGAUUGACUCCCGAGAUUGUCCUUACAUUAGAGCACAGACAGAAGCUGUAACAUUCCUGGGCAACCAAGACAAUGGGAGGACACUGUAUGCUGUACCUGGACUGGACUACAUUGGACAUGAGGACGUAAUGCCAUAUACAGCUGUCAGCAAGAAGCCCAUCAGGCAUGAUUUGUUUGACAAAUUUCUCUCAUAUUCAUCUGACAAAGAUCCUCCAUUCUGUGCCCGGGACACACUGAUGGCCUGGCAGGAGCGUAACCACCCAUGGCUGGAACUGUCUGAUGUACACAAGGAAACCACUGAAAACAUCAGAGUCACUGUCAUACCUUUCUAUAUGGGCUGCAGAGAGUCUCAGAAUGCUAAUGUUUAUUGGUGGAGGUAUUGUAUUCGUUUAGAAAACCUUGGUGAACUGACAGUACAGCUCAGAGAAAGACACUGGCGCAUAUUCAGCUUAUCAGGGACCUUGGAGACAGUGCGUGGUAGAGGUGUUGUUGGGCAAGAACCUGUCCUCUCUAGCCAGCAGCCUGCCUUUCAGUAUUCUUCACAUGUUUCCCUCCAGGCUCCAUCAGGACACAUGUGGGGCACCUUUAGAAUGGAAAGAGAAGAUGGAUUUACCUUUGAUUGCCGCAUCCCUCCAUUUUCAUUGGAAAGUAAACAGGAUGACAGUUCGCAACCUAGUGGUAUAAUAUAGUGUAAAAAUUAUUUUUUAACCCUUAAGCAACUAUUUUGAUUAUAUCAGGUCUGUAUAAACUUUAAAGGCUAGGUCAUUUAUUUAUGAGUCAGGUAUGUGAUGUAUCAAAUUAAAUUAUGCAGCUGGCAGUAUUGACUCAUAGAUAUUAGUUAUAAAAAAAAAAAAAAGAAAACUUGCCUUGCUACUUGCCAUGUUACCAACACUGUUAUUGAGAGGAGUAAAAUCAGAUAUUGUAAUUUUAUGUUGAUUGAGGAUUAACAUGUAUGAUCAUGUUUCAUUAUUAUUCAGAACAGCUUUUUGGUAUAUCUGACUCUGCAUGAGAUGCACUGAGGCUGCCUGGUGCUUUUCUGAUGCCAGAUAGCCUCAAGUACAGUACAAAAAUUUUGGGAUGAAAUAGGGGUUUAAUACUUAAAUCAUAUUGCUGUAUAAGGCUUUGGCAAAGUUUUUUUUUUUUUUUUUUUUUUUUUUUUUUUAAGAUCCUGUACACACACACACACACACACACACACACACUGUAUAAAGAAAGUACUUUAUUUAAAUCUCUCCUUAAUGCGAGCAGUGGAUGAUAGGACUUGGUGUGACUUAAUUCUGUCACACAAUUUUUGUAAUGCUACUUUAAGCCAGUGAGCUACAUAUAGGCAAUGUUUCCCUCUCUUAAGAAUAAAUGUUUUUAGCAUACCUUGGUUGCAAA